AUGUCUUUUUAUUUUAUUUUUGUACCGUUUCUUUUCUUUCUUUCUUUUUCCUUUCUUUCUUUCUUUCUUUUUUUCUUCUCUAUUCCUUCCUCUAUUUUUUCUUUUUAUUUUCCUUCACUUCUUCUUUCAAUUCUCUUUCUACUUUUACAUUCUUCCGAAAUUCCCUUUUAUUUCACCUUUUCUUUGUUCUUUCUUUCUUUUCUUUCUUUCUUUCUUUCUUUCUUUCUUUCUUUUUUUCACAUCCACGGAUUUUUUUGGUUUUUUUUUUACUUAUCAUCUUCUUUUUUUUUGUCUCUCCAGAUAUUCUUUGAUUUUUUUUUUUUUCUUUCUCCCAAACCCUGGGUUUCCCCCAUUCUCUUCUCUGUCUUCUUCUUCUUCUUCUUCUUCUCUCUCUCUCUCUCUCUCUUUUUCUUUCUUUCUCUCUCAUCUGAUGAAAAAACGGAUCUGAAAUCAUGGUCCGGCAGACGGCCGGACAAGUUUAAAUUUUCUUCUUCAAUGUCUUUUCUUAAAUCACAGACAAUUUUUUUUAGUGUUUUCAUCUGUGUUGACAAAGGUCAUUGCUGUCGAUGUCCAUUUCAAAAAAUCAUUUUCUUUUCAUUCUUUUUAAGUUUUGAUUUUUUUUAUCAAAAUUCUUUUUUUUUCAUUUCAUUCUUUUUUUUUUCUUUUUUUUCUUUUGAUCUUUCUUUUUUUUUUUUUUUCAUUCUUUUUUUUUUCUUUCUUCUUUUUCUUUUUUUUUCUUUUCUUUUUCUUUCUUUUUCUUUCUUUUUCUUUUUUCUUUUUCCAUUCUUUUUUUUUCUUUUCUUUUUUUUUCCUUUCUUUUUUUUUUUUUUUUAUUUCUUUCUUUCUUUAAUUUCUUUCUUCUUUCUUUUCUUCUUUCUUUCUUUUUUCUUUCUUUUUUUUUUUCUUUUUUUUUUUUUUUUUUCUUUUCUUUUUCUUUUAUUUCUUUUUCUUUUCUUUCUUUCUUUCUUUUCUUUUAUUCUUUUCUUUCUUUUUUCUUUCUUCCUUUUUUGUCAAGUUUUUUUUUCCUUUUUGAAUUUUAUUUCUUUGUUUUUGAAUAUUUUUCAUUCUUUUAAAUUUUUUUUUUUUUUCUUUUUUUUUUUUUUCUUUUCAUUUUUCUUUCUUUUUUCAAAACUCUUUUUUCUUUUUUCUUUUUUUCUUUCAAAAUCUUUUCCCUUUUUUUUUUCCUUUCUUCUUUUUUAUUUUUUUUUUUUUCUUUCUUUUUUUUUUUUUUCUUUCAUUCUUUUUUUUUCUUUUGUUCUUUUGUUCUCUUUCUUCUUUCUUUCUUUCUUUUUUCUUUCUUUCUUUUUUUCUUUCUUUUCCAUUCUUUCUUUGUUUUUUUCUUUCAUUCUUUUCUUUCUUCUUUCAUUCAUUUUUUCUUAA